AUGAAUAUAAUAGAUUUUGACUUCGGCGAUGAGCAACUCAUUGAAUUGUCUAACCAAGUUCGCUUUAUUUGGGUGCUUUCUAAUGCAUGGCAUUUACCGUUGAAAGAGCAAGAGAAUCCCAAUGAGCGUCUACUCGGCUGUGCUAAAUCAUACACAAUUAAGAAUGUCAAUGGGCGUCAAGUUGGAUUCUUUGGAUUAGCUGGCACGACUGCUCGACGGGUGGCAUAUCACCUUCGUGCUCAGGAAAGUUGCGACUUGGUUAUUGCAUUGACUCACAUGCGACUCGCUGAAGAUAUAGAAGUGGCAAAAGCUACGAAAUCGGGCAAAAGUAGAGGCCACGACAACGCGGAUAUUACAGCUGAAGGGUUGAUACGCGACGCUCAGGGUGACAUUCGGAUUAUCAAAAGUGGGGCAGACUGGACAGGCUUGUUAUUAGUACGAAUGGUUGUAGAAAAAGACAAUAAAGGAAGUGUUGAUAUUUCCACAAUUGUGAGGCAGUGGAGCAAUAUAGAUGCAGCAAAGUUGCCCGUCGCUACUAUAACGCCCGAAAUCGCCCAGUUACUGGACUCAAUUCAUACUAGUCGUGUCGAUGCUCUUGUCCAGGAGCCCGUCUUGCACUCAUAUGCCUCUCUCGAUGGCCGUGGCUCAGUCACCCGCAGCCAAGAAACGAAUCUAGGUAACAUGUUAGCAACUACAAUCCAGGCUUUCUAUGAUACAGACAUAGCGCUUUUCAACAGUGGGUCUAUUCGCUGCAAUCAACUUCUUGCUCCAACUAUGCCGAGCGGCUCCCCGUUGUUGGUCAAAGACAUUAUCAGUAAGUUAGUUCGUCUUCGAAAGAGAAAUGUAGCUGACGAUUCAGACAUAUGCCCCUUUGAAAAAUCCUUGCUGUUAAAAAGCAUCAAGGAUAGUGUCAUACUACAGUCCAUGGAAAACUCAGUCGGUGACAUGCAUAUGGACGGACUAUUCUUUCAGAUAGCUGGUCUACGUAUGGUAGCCACUUGGCAACGAAAAAACGGGGAAUCGCGUCUUGGAAAUUUUCCUUGA